AUGGCAACCUUGCGAAAGAGAGCCCGUGUCCAUGAGUGGGUCAACACAAGCGUACAGCAAUGCACCGACAUCACAUUCACCGUCCCCGAGCUUGGGUUCGUGGAGAGCUUGUAUCGUGCCUGUUCCUCAAUUCUCCCGGAGAUCUGGAAGUAUUCUAUCGCAAUAAUGCCCAUGGACGGAGUGUCGUUGCCGAUGGAGACGACUGUGGUAAACUUGUGCCUUUGGACCGAGAACUUCCCUCCUGGCGAGCUUGACACAAUUUUAGAAAAUUCUGGGUACCUGAAAAUUAAUAUCGUUGACAACCUUUCCAGAAUCGGACGAGUCUUGAUUAGACAGCUUUCUGCCACGUUUUCCAACUUGAAUGGGGAAGACUUAAGAUUGAAAGAUUGGCGGCGCGACCUGGAAAUCCUCUUGGAGAAGGCCAAGCUCAUUAUGGGCGACGAAGAAGAGAUCAGUGCAUCGGACACAGAGUCCUCGGAAGACGAACAAGACAAUCACGAGUUCUAUUCGUUCAAAAAUGCUCAAAUCCAACUGGCAAAUCGGUUGGGCGAAGCAAAUUGGCAGAGAUCUUUCAGGAUAAAAAACUGGAUGCAGAAAGAGGAACAGGAAUUAUUAGAAACGUCGCACGGUUUCAACCCCAUGUCCAAAUUCGACGACUCAGGCAUUGGAACGUCUAUUGCAACGAUCCCCAAGGAUACUGCUACGGAUGCACGUUUACGCAGACCUCCAGGUUUAUAUUUGCACGCACCCGGAAUGCAAUCAAUCCUUGACAACAUUAAAUCCCGUAGCCUCUGGGCAGAGCAUGAGUUCAAUGAGCAUUUUUCAGAGCCCAAGUGGCGCUGUUUCCGUUGCAAAACCAAGCUCCCGACUCGUGACGCGUUUGCGGAACAUCUCGCUCGUGAGCAUGGUGUAAAAUUAAGCGAUCACCAACUGCAUGCCGCAUUGUCGGAGGCUGUAGAAUACGUGAUCACACCUGAAUUCACCAAACAUCCCUGUCCUUUGUGUCUGCAGACCGACUGGAAAAGCCGACGCGAGUACACGACCCACGUAGGGCGACAUUUGGAGGAAAUCUCUCUAGCCAGCCUUCCCAGACAAGAGAAUGAUGACUGGAACUCCGACGCACAGAGAUUUCUGGAAUCCGACUCAUCAGAGAAGGGACUAGGGCACGCUCUGAAGGAAACAAAAACUACAGCCCACUGGCAGUGCAGUUUUUGCCAAAAGCGUUUUACACGUGGUGGUCUUCUACGUGCCCAUCUUCUAACCCAUACGGGGAAGAAGCCUUUUGUUUGCUCGGUCUGUGGGAAAAAAUUCAUGCAUCGAAACGAUAUAAAAAGACACGAAAGGCUACAUUUAGACGAGGCAAAAUCCAACUCGUGUAAAUCGCAGGGCACACCCCCAUUGACCGCCACGAGCCAGGUCUCCUCCACAAAUAACGCUCUAGGACGACACUUCCCAACAGAGGCUGGUAGGAAAUGUAUCAAAGAGGAAAAGGAGGAAGUAACGGAGAACAACAACAAGAACAAUCAAGAUGGUAAACAAGAAUCUCCUCAAGCUUUCUCAAAACCAUCCUCUACAAAGGAUGAUGGCAUUAGCCAGGACAGCUCGUUACCGGCAGCAACCCUGGCACAGCCCAUUGCUUUAAAUAACCUUCAACAGGACCAUCCCCCAGAGAGGGCUGAUUAUCAUGGCGAUAAUGAGCCCUCCUUAUCUGAUGGUAGUGAUAGUGAUGGGAAUGACAAGGAAGAGGAUGACGACGAUAACGGGGACAGUAAUGGGAACCGUGCCGCUGAUGAUGACUCCAUAGAAGAGAAAAAAACCACCCUACAGGCUUUAAGUUUUGAAUCUCUUCUCGUCCGAAUGAAAUAUUGUUCUACGGAGUUUGGUGGUAUAAAUCGUGUCUUACUAGGUGGAAAAACUCAGUUGUCUCUCGUUGUUUGCGCCGACGUUUUUUCCCUCAAGACAUCCAGACUAAAUCCAUCUCAUACUACACGUAUAUGCAAUUAUCUUCCUAUGUCCAAUGCCACAUCCAAACGCCGUCGUACUGUACAUGUACAUCCAACAUAA